UUUUUUCCCACUUGGGGUUGCCUCCGAUCGCCCUAUGAUAAUGACCAAAAACAUUAUGCCUAUAACUAUGCUGUCGUACGCCGGCUGCAGCUUGCUGAUCCUUUCCGCGUCUUUCGCUGGUGCCUCCCUGGCCGAGAUGGUGUUCCGCUGCCCUGUAUGCACCGCGGAGCGCCUGGCGCUGUGCCCAAAGCUCACCGAGACGUGCGCGGAGAUAGUGCGCGAACCGGGCUGCGGGUGCUGCCCCGUGUGCGCCCGGCAGGAGGGCGAGACUUGCGGCGUGUACACCCCGAGAUGCUCCACGGGUUUGAGAUGCUACCCGACGCCCGACUCGGAGCUCCCCCUGGAGCAACUGGUGCAGGGCCAGGGACAGUGUCGGCGCAAAGUGGACACCGAGACGACCACUUACAGCCAGGAGCAGCGGGAGCAAACCAGCGGUGAGGCAGUGGAGCUGCAGCCUGAUGUGGCCACAAGCGAGAGCCCAGCCAUCCGAAGACCCAGUAAAGAGAUCACAUGGCUGGGACCCAAAGAAAGCGCCGUGCGUAACCACAGACAAGAGAUGAAGACCAAGAUGAAGACCAACAAGGUGGAAGAAGUGAAACCUACUCGGCCCAAACAGACUCUGUGUCAGCAGGAGCUUGACCAGGUCCUGGAGCGGAUAUCCAAGAUGCCCUUCAGAGAUAACCGAGGUCCCCUGGAAGAUCUCUAUGCUCUGCAUAUCCCAAACUGUGACAAGAGGGGGCAGUAUAACCUCAAACAGUGCAAGAUGUCUUUUCAUGGUCAGAGGGGUGAGUGCUGGUGUGUCAACCCUCACACUGGCCGACCCAUCCCAUCAGCCCCAACGGUGAGGGGCGACCCCAACUGCACCCAGUAUCUCACAGAGCUGGAGCUGGAGCUCCCUGACAUGGCCCAGAUCUAGCGUGGCAUCAAACAAACCAAAAGAUAAAAUAAAAUAAUAAAAAAAAUAAACUAAACAAAAUAAUCUAAACUGUAAUGUACUUGGGAAAAAACCAAAACAAAAAAAGCAUGUGAGUAAGCUAUAAGCUAUUUCUUUCUGUUUUUAUGUGUUUUUAGUUCAUCUGAUGACAAAGACUUUAAAUCAUACCCACAAAAAAAGGAUUAAAUGACAGAAUUCAGCUUGUUGCAUAAAAUGUAACUGCAGAUUACAGUUAAGAUUAGAGAUUAGUUAAGAUUAGAUUAGACUUUCUGCAUAUAUAUUUAGCUGGAGCGUAUCAGUGCUUUACUAAUUGUGACUUUGCUCAGUACUUUAUAAGUGUUUUGUACUGUGAGUGUUAAAAAUGAAAAGCCUCUAAUGUGUUGGAUGUGUUUAGGUGUUUUCAUGCUCUAUCUAGCAGACUACUGUUUCACCACAUGCUAUUUUAGGCCUUGAGCACGCCUGGCUUUUAAAACACAGAACUGAAGAUAAAGUGCAGUUCAGUUUGGUAUUAGUAAAUGUUCAUUUGAAAGUCAUGACAUGAUGCAAAUAAACUAAAACUGUGUUCAA